AUGGAGUUCGAGUUCGAGUUCCAUUGGGGUGGAGAGAAUCCCAAAUACGGUAAGGGAUUCUCUCUAUCUCUGACAGAGUCACUCUUGAACUACACCAUGGGGGUUAUGUUUGAAUUGAAAAUGGGGUUUAUAAAGGUGGUAAGGAAGAUAGGGAAAGAGUUGGGAUAUGCAAUAGAUGUUUCAAAAAUUGAGCAAACUAUGGAGAUUAGGUAUAGAAAGGCUGGAGAAAAGGAUGGUAACAUAUUGGAGCUUAUUACCUCUGAUGCUAAAGUAGUUGAAAUGGUUGGAUGCAUGCCAUGUAAUAGGGUUCUUGUCUUGUACUAUACAGAUUUGGAAAAUUCAAAUGGUAAUGAGGGAGGGAGUCAAGCAUCUGCUGCCUGGCCUAGUUUGGAUAGUGCAGAAUAUAACUAUGAUGCAGAUGUAGAAAAUGGUGGGAAGGGUGUCACAUGGCACGCAUUCAGUGAACCAGGGGAUGCAGAUGCAGAUCUAGAAGUUGGAAAUGAAUGGGAAAAUGAGGCUGCAACAACUGAGAAUGGAGAGGUUGGAAAUGAAUGGGAAAAUGAGGCUGCAGCAAUUGAGAAUGGACAGGUUGGAAAUGAAGGGAAAAUGAGGAAAAUGAUGCAGAAUUUGUGGAUAGUGAUUAUGAAUUUAGUGAACAAGAGGAUGAGGGGCCCAAGUGGUGAGCCCAGUGCAGGUGAGAACGUUGGGCCUACUGUUCAGCCCAAUGCAGGGGAGAAUGUUGAGCCUACUAUUGACCCCACUGCUGGUGAGAAUGUUGGGCCUACUUUUCAGCCCUAUGGACAUGAGAAAGUUAGGCCUACUUAUGAAGCCCCAUGGACACAGGAAGUGAUGAAGAGGAUCAGGAUCAGGGUAAUGGUGAGGAAAAGGGCAAAAGAAAGAAAAAAAAUGGCCAAAGUUGAAGGAGUACAGGAGAGAGGUGGAUUUAAGGAAUCCAGAGUUCAGGAUGGGAAUACGAUUUGCAAACAAAAAGGUAUUGAAAGAAGCUGUGGAGGAGUAUGCAAUUAUAAAUGGCAAGUUGCUAAAAUUAAAAAAAAAUGA